AUGGCUGAAGGCAUCGUGUCAUCAUCAUCAGUACCACCAGCACAAGUAGGAGAAAUGAAGGUAGAAGACACAAUGCUGGAUGUUGGAAUGAGUUAUUUAAGUGAACUAGCACAGAGAUGCAUGGUUCAAGUCCAAUUCAGCAGAAGGAUUAAACUUUGUCGCCUCCAAUAUCUCAUGCGGGACUUAUGCUUGUUGAAAGCCCAAGAGGAGAAUUUUCUCAAGGUUGUUCGCGUUGAAGCCUUUGAUAAUCAACAGCUCAAGUGGGAGAACUCUGCCUCUUCAUCUUCAUCGUCACCAUGGACUAAAAUUCAUAAGCUUGCUGUGUACUAUUUUGGUGAUCAUGAUGCGAAUAAUAUAAGGCAAGAAUAUAUUAAUCUCAAAGAAUUAACUAAUCACCACCAUCUGCGGUCAUGCCAAUUUUACUUCUUUGGAAACGAUUUGGAAAUCUCUGGUUGGAAACAGAUAAAAUCACUUUUCAAGGGCUUCAAGUUGCUUAGAAUUUUAGAUGUGGAAGGAAUUUAUAUCGGAGUAAAAGGGAAAAGGAAGUUGCCAAGAGACAUAGGAAACCUCUUUCACUUGAGAUAUUUAAAUAUAAACGUGUCUUGGAUUGAAAGUGUGCCUUCUUCUAUAGGCAACUUGAGAUUCCUCCAAACCCUAGAUCUAAGGGUAUAUGCAGAUGAAGUUACAAUAGAAAUACCCAAUGUCCUGUGUACGUUGGAACAAUUGAGACAUCUAUAUCUAUGCUUUCCCAACCUGACAAAUCUUCGACAAGUUGAAGUUCUUUCGGAAGACCACAAAGACUUGGCAGUGAUCCUUAAAUCUCCAAUCCUCCUCAACAAUUCAAACAGCCUUCUUCUACCAUCUUUAUCCUUCUCGAUUGUUGGAGAAUUCAAAACGGAAGAAGAACAAAGCCUUUUAAGGAAGCUUUUAGGAUGCCACCAUCUUCGCAAAUUAUUUCUAGAUGGGUCCUUUAAUCGGGCUAAUAAAUUGCCAGACCAAUUCCCUCCAAAUCUCACCAAGUUAAGGUUGUGGGAUACUAAACUAGAUGAGGACCCAAUGCCAACAUUGGAGAAGUUGCCCAACUUAAGGAGUCUCUCCUUAGGUUUUAAUUCCUACAUUGGGAAUGAGAUGGUUUGUUCUUCUGGACCAUCCAGCAUCAGCGGUGGUGGAGGAGGAGGGGGCUAUGGCGGCUGUGAUAGUGGAGGUUUUCCGAAACUCAAAUCUUUAGCACUCGUGAAUAUUCGAAACUUGGAGGAGUGGAGGGUGGAACAAGGAGCCAUGCCCUGUCUCUUCCGUUUAGAUAUUUUCAAUUGCAAAAAAUUGAAGGAGAUUCCGGGCGGAUUGAGGUUCAUUACCACCCUCCGGGAAUUGGAGAUCACAAGGGUAUCUGAAGCACUCAGAGACAGGGUUAGAGAAGGAGGAGAGGACUUCGACAAAGUCAAGCACGUGCCUUCUAUUGAAAUUCAUUGA